AUGGCACCCACACGAAGAUACCUUCGAAUAACGAAGUACUCGGUUCUAGAAUGUCGGGUGUACAUGGACGGAGAUCCUGCGUUGGUCGACUCUUGGUUGCUGCGGAAGAGUGAACCGGCGCUCCCUCGAGUUAUCGACGCAGUCCGCGAAGUGGUUCUACCUAAAUUGAGAGAGGAGAAUGAGAGGGCAAAAGUAAGGACAAAAGGAAAGAAAAAAGGCGCCAUAAAAGAUGUCAUUCGUCGAGAUGAUUUCGAAGUCUCCAUUUUCCUACGAGAUCAAACCUCACGCCACGCGUUGCUAGUCAAGAAGAAAGAGUUUUCGGAGAAACCUAAGCUGAAGAGCAAUAGCAACAGGCUCACGAGCUGGCUCUCUGGAGGUAAUGCACACGAGCCGAUCGAUGUCGAUACCUCGGCUGCACCUAUUCUUACUGAAGAUGAUGACAACGUUGAUCUGCAUGCCGUACCUGCUGCAUUUGGUGACGCAGACGAUGAAGACGCGGUGACGAUACCCUCAGAAGGCAAUGAUCCGGAUGACAGCUUGUUUGUUUCAAAAAAGGACAACGCAAUAACUGUGGACGACAACAAAAAACUAGGCAUGAAAAUCCAGUAUGACGGUUUCCACAUCUACGGCAAGAUCUUGUGCUUGAUCGUUAAACGAACGAAUAUUCCGUCGGCUCUCAAAACCAGCACUCCCGAUCAAGCGUUGAUGGAAAAUUGGGUCUCGACCCAAGCCGCGCAGGAGAUGGGCAAUGAUGACGAGCAAGGCUGA